UGCUGAUCGACGCUAGAACUCGUAUGAAGAUCGGUCAGUGUAAAUCGUGUCGGAAAGUGCUUUUUUCCAUCUUUUUGUGAUACGCAGAGUUGACCAGGAUGCUCAAGAAAUUCUGCCGUAUCUGCUUAACGGCAACGGGUGUUGAGUACAGCAUUGACGAAGCUAUCAACAGCGAAACUUCGUUGUAUACGGUGGUUUGCAAACUGUGUCCUGAAGCAUUCCCCGAUAAGAGCAAUGAAUGGUCGAGGCUCGUCUGCCAACAAUGCAGGAAACGAAUCUUAAAUGCUCAAGAGCUAUACGAUCUAUGUAAGAUAAGCAUUGAGUGUUUUGAGGAGCUAUAUCCAAGUGGAAAGUGCAGAAACCCGAGUGCGAGCGAGAAUUUCGCUGAAGAAGAGCAAUGCGAAUCCCGUCCUGAAAUGGAUGAUAUAGACGUGCUAGAGGAAGACGCCGAGAUCGUAAGAUCAUUUCUUGGAUUGAACAGGACUGUGGACGAUGCUCCAAACAACGAAUUGUACACAGAGCAAACAGAUUCUUCCAAGAAUGAGUGGGUAUUCUCCACGAGAAAAGAUACAACAGCAUUAGAACAAUCGCAUGAUCAAGAUGAGUUGUAUGAUUCCUGUAUCUUGGAUGAACAGAACAAAACUCAAAACGAUCGUUCUGGUACAUUCGGGAACGAAAGUGUGGAUUUAAACGACACAAAUUACGCUACAGAUUUCCAGAACUCGCCUCGAUAUUCUUUGAUAAUGGAAGAAGAUGGGCAUUACGACAGUAUAGUUUCACUUGCAAAGUCCCAGCGAAAUGAAACGUUCAAUGGUUUAAUAGAUUCUAUCAUUUAUGCGAAUGUGUUUAACGAUGAGAUACCUGAACUACAUCGAAGAAAGAAGCUUUGUUGCACGUUUUGUGAAGAAGAAAUCUUUUCAUCGCAAAUUCUUUUGAAUAAACACUUGAAAGAGUUGCAUUUGGAUAAGAUAUUCAUGUGCAAUCCGUGCGACAGAGUAUUUGUGGACGAAGAAACGUAUAACACUCAUGAAAAAUAUCAUUCAUUGGGUCGUUGUUGCUUCUGUACGAUCUGUGAAAAGGGUUUUGAGAUACCUAAAUCAUUAAGAAAACAUAUAGCCUCACAUGAGCAUUCCUGCAUUUGUCCAUCUUGUGGCGUGAAAAAGGAUGAUUACGCUAAACUUGAGAGCCAUAUAAAGAGCCAUGAGAAAGUUAAACCAUUUGCCUGCCACUUAUGUCCGCUACGGUUUCAUUUUAAAGGUAAUUUGAAUGCGCAUGUAAAAAGGCACCAAAACAUAAGAAAUUUUCCUUGUGAUGUAUGUGGGAAACGACUGUCUUCCAAACGUAAUUUAGAUACUCACCAGCGUACGGUGCACAUGGGCGAGAAACCUUUUCAAUGCGAAAUUUGCGACAUGAGAGUUGGUACCAAAAUGCAAUUGUCCAAACAUAUGAUAACGCACACCGGCGAAAGGCCUCAUGGGUGCAUGUUCUGCGAUCGGCGAUAUGGUGCUUUAAAUGAUUUAAAGGACCACUUACGGAAACAUCUCGGAGACAAUAUAUACCAGUGCGAUCGGUGUGAUGCUUCUUUUCGCUUGAUUAGAGAACUGAGGCAACAUUACGCAGUUCAUUUCCAAGACGGUGCGGAUGCGGAUGCGUCGAGUUCCUUAAACUCAUCGGAUUUCCGAUUUACUCUUGACUACAUUGUGAACCUGCGUCGCCAGAAAGAGCUAUCUAAAUUGAAGUAUGUUGAAGAACAUAUUUCGUCCGAUCAAUAAAGUGAAUUUUAAGUAACGAGGCAAAUACCACCCGUCUCACAUUGUAAGAACCUUGGCUGUGUGACGUUCGUGCCUUCGUUUUGUUUGUAAACAGAUGCUGUUCUAAAAAAAUUGAGAUUUUAAUCCGUGGUGCUGAAGUG